GAAUUCUCAAACCCAAUCCGAAUCUAAACACAAUCCAAAAUUUGUACAGAAAGUGCUCAGAGGCACAAGUUGCCAAAUGUUUUUGAUUUGUGUAAAAUUCAUGUGAAUCGAAGGAAUGGCCGGCAAGCAGCCAACAUGCCAGCAACUGGCGUAUCUGGACGAGCUGAAGGAGCGUCUGCAGGAGCUGCACCAGCGCCAGGAGGCCUUCAUGGAGCAGACCGCCGAGAUGCUGCGUUGCAUCAGCACCGAUCAGCAAUCCGUGCCACAGAUAGCAUCCCCAUCCAUAUCCGAUACGAGCAAUAACGAGGAAUGUUCAGGUGGUAGUAUUAAGCAGUUGAUACAACGCUUCGAGCACUUGCGCCAGACAUCCAGACAAUUCAGCGAAGAGCCGCUGCCCGAGGAGUUGGCCGGCGUCGAUGUCCGCAGACUGCUCCAGGGCUAUGAGAAGCUAAUUGUGGAGGGCAAAAUACUGCAAAAGUCCUGGCUGCUGCUGAAGAAAACCACCGAGAACUGUGCGCGUCUGAGCAACAGAGAUGAGCGUAUGUUGAACAAGACCAGCUCAAAAUCACCUUCUUUCGCAGAACCAGCAAGCGGAACGACCAACCAGACAGUCCAUUCCACGAUCAUCAGCUUGUCCACAACUUCCGGUUUUCUGUCUCGGGCUACUCAGGAUUAUGAGAAGAAGUCCGGCCAUGUUUCCAAUCGAAAGGCUAGAGGGCAACGCUUUGGGGCACUACUACAGCUGGCACUGCGCAUCAGUCGCAUCAAGGGGAAAAAGCGCUCUAAUGGGAGCCAACGAGCGGAAGCCAUAACAAAUGAUCUGUCAAAUAGUAAAUAGUAUGACAAUAGCCCAAAAAAGACUCGACCACUGAUUAAAAUCGAGCUCUCUCUCGCAGCAGCAGCCACAGUGCAUAAAUCACACA